UGACAGGAAAAUUACAGUAGUACGGAUCAUUGAAAUGGGUCAGACAUCAUCAGGAGUGGAUCCAGUGACUUCUAGGGACAUGAAUAACUGUUCUUUCUGCGAGAAUCCAAACUGUUUCGAAGAUGUCCCUUCAGCUCCACCUGGGGAACCGGAAGUUGCCAUUCCACUGGAUCAUAACGAAAGUCUGAAGGAAUUGGCGACGAGAUUCGACAGUAUUUUAGAUAAAGCCAGAAGCCUGGGGCUACAGGAGCUGGUGAAACCGAUCGAAGAAACAGCGAUAACAUUGAAAAAUCUGGCAGCACCAACUCAGUCUUCCUCCAGCAAAUCAGGAAUCUCUUGCAACUGCAAUCAAUGGGGCCCAGAUGUCGUCAGUCCCCGAGGCAAAUGGAUUUGCAAUGCGUGCGGUGAUAAAUGUCAAUGCGAUAAGACCUGGUACAUUCCUCCUGUCACUAAAAAAAUAUCGCACAGAACUGACCCUGAGCAUCUGAAAGAGAAAGGAUCGACGAUGAAAACGAUUGGAGGUCAUGCUGAAGAGACUGAUGAUCGAUCCAUUGAGAUACAGAUUGAAGUAUCAGAUCGAGUCCGGUCCAUGACAGACCAAUCAACAGCCAAAUCUAGGUGUGUGGAAAUCGGUGAGGGUGAAAGUGGAGUUAUUUGUCCGUGUGGGUGCGGAUAUUUUCAGGAAGGGGAAUUCAAAGUUUGUCCUUGUGGAUGUGGAACUAUUAUUGAAAUCGUUGAUGAUGCUGGAGACAUCACAUCACUCAGGGAUGGAGGACCCUGUUGCAUAUGCGGUAAUGAACUCAAUGACGAGCCUAGCCACAACCUAGAGGAGUCCGCGGCUUUCAUCGAUUCGAGGGAUACCGGAAUUAUGUCGGCACUGGAGAUGCUUCAAGCCAAGUGUCGCAUCAAGGAUGGAAUGAUUGCGGUUCUGGCUGAAGAGCUUAGGAAUUCCGGUCAUGUCAAUCACAUCGUUGAGAAUUUAGGUGCGCCUUGUUUGCCGCGAACUGCUAUUGACUUCGAUCGAUCCAUGCUGUGUGAUUAUCUGAGGAGUACAUCCCUUCCGGAUUUGGCGCCGAUGGAAGCUCAUAUCGGAGAUGAUGCUGUACCAAAGCCGACGAAUUUCCGAGUGGUGAGAACGAUUCUCAACUCAUUAUUUGUUGCUUGGGAUCCGCCUGAAUCGAUAUGCAAACUUCGAGGUUUUGAAAUUACAGUCAAUGGGAUUGUAACCUGCAGAGUUGGAUCACCCACGAGAACUCAAGCUAUUUUAACUUCCGUUGACUUGACAAAACCAACGGUUCUCACCUUAUAUGCAGUUGCCACGAAUGGUCACAUAUCAGACUCCUCUACAAUAACUUUCCCAGCUAGCAAAGACCCAUGGAAAUAAAAACCAUUGACCCCAUUAGUUUGCAAUGUGAAACCAGAGAACUUGUCCGGGUCAUUCAUCCAAAGUCAGAUUAUUUUUUUACAAGAUUUUUUAUUACCGUUACGUCAACGCUCCUCACGUCCAGAGAAUCCUCGAGUUGUGAGAAAUUUCCAGAGACUAUCACACGAUAAUCUAUUAAAAAAAGUCAGUAAUUUA